UCUUGAUUAUUUAUUACGCUUUUGAUUAUAAUUCAUCACCAUAAACGAGACAUACGGUGUAAAUUUACCAGCUAUACAUAUUGAAGCAUGUGGUUCGAUCAUCGGUUAAUUACAUUCGAAAGAUUACCAUUCGAACCAUCUCUAUUCGGCCUACCACGCGAAAUUCGUGAAAUUUUAGAAAAAGAGCGAAGACGACAACGACGUGAACCGGAACCGAAACCUGUACCGGAAUUACCUAGGCAUAAUAAUAACGCUAUUACUUACGCUUUCGAUUGCUUAUAUUAUGUCGACGAUGUUUGUAUAACGUUUUCGAACUUUUGUUGCAGAAAAAUGAAUCUAAUCAUUGUUUGUGAAUUCUGCGAUGUCGGAUUAGUCGCCGGAGAGCCGAUAGUACGUGCAGGUGGCUGCGGCCAUCUGUACCAUCUUCGAUGCGGCUGGACGCUCUGCGAGCGUAAAGCUCCAGACGGUAUGUUAGUUCCAGUAGAGGUAAAGUGUCUCCACCGGGACUGCACUUCGAUGCUCACGCAAGAAGACCUGGUUACAUUCAAGCCAAAGUUCGGAAUUUAUCUCGACCAACCCGAAUACGACCGACUAUCCGAAAGAAACGCAGAACUUGAGCGACAGAUACAGGAAAGGGACGAGAUGAUAGCGCAGGCUCACUUGGAUCUUCGCGAGUUAAACGAAAGAAUUACGGCUUUGGAAAACGAUCUCGCUAUUAAAGUCGCUGAUUUAGGUCGUCUCCAAUUACAAUUAGAACCGGCGAUACCGCUUAUCGAACAAGAAGAUCCUAUUGUCGAUAAUCGUAACGAAAUACCUAUCGACGGUGAAGAAAACCUCGCUGAAAUGAACGAACCAGUCGGUAAUAACGCCAACAACAUCGAAGUAAAUCCGAUUGGCGAUAUUAAUGACGGGCCGUAUGACUUAGGCGGUUUCCACGAUGUUGGUAACGACGGCGAACUGAUGAACGACGAUAACCGAGCUAACGAUGGUUUAGUAGAGCACGACUCCGAAGAGGAGGUUUUCAUCGGAGAGGACGAGGAAUUUUUCAUUGGGGAUGGUAACGACGAUAGCGAAGACGAAAUCGCUUAUGGAGUGGCAAACAGUGUGAUUGUACCGGACGUAAAUGAAGAUGUAGCCGAAAAUCAUCCAGCGCCGGAUAACCCUCCGCAAAAUUUACCGAACGACGAAGAUUUAAACCAGUUUAUUCACGACCACGCUAACGGUAAUCAGGCUAAUCCCAUUAACGCCCAGCCACCGGCACCUGCUCCUGCUCCAGCUAUUCCUCAACCGGCUGCUCUUCCGUUAGGACCAGAUGAACGAGAAAUAGUCAGGUUCGACCAUGGACCUCUCCAGCGAGGUGUCUUCCGCUACCGCCCAAACAACAUUAUGGCGCUGCUGAGAGCUUCGAAUAUAUUUUACGGCAACCUGAUUCACAAUUCUCUGAACCACGAGUUCCGGUACGAGAGCCGUAACUUAUAUUUAUCGUCCUACGUAUCGGUCAGCAAACACGAUAGGAGUUCCGUUUAUCAUGCGUUUAUUAAUGGAUUCUGGUGCAUAGGUGAUGGGUUCGUGCACGGUAUUGCGCGCGAACCCAUUCGCCAUAAUGCUCUUGCACGGUCGCGAUGGGAUGCCAGCCGAGUUGGAGGUUCCAACAUAUCCGCUCGACGAUUAAUGAUGAAUAUAAUGACUCAUAUUCGAAAUAUACCACCGUUUAUUUUACUGAGCAUCGGAAAUCACGAUAUGCUGAAGGAGGACCAGGCGGCGCUGCAGAGAAACACGAUGGAUUUGGUCGAAUUCUUAUUGUCCCAAAACGUACAACGAAUUCUCAUAAUGCCCAUCAUUAACACCUAUCUCGCUCCGGAUACGGCACGUCGCGAAGCAUACCGAGCUUGGAUGGAACGCCAGUUGGUUGGAUUAGAUCCGUCACGUAUUACGUAUUUGAGGAUAAUGGAAGCAGUAGGAGACCGCGUUCAUCCCUACCAUCAAGAUAACGCUCAUAUUCUAUACGCUCAUCCGUACAUACAUUUAGAGAUGGCGUUCCUCCUCAAUCCAUUCCUUAACUGGUAACUUGGUUUUUCGUUUAUUUUUUCGUCUCUCCUGAAGAUUUAGGGUAAAUCCGGAAUGAACGUUAAUACCCCCUGAGGGUACUAAAUUCGUUAUGUAAAUAUUUUUCCUUUGUUGUAAUUUAAGUUUAUUUUUCGUGAUACGUAAUGAUACGCUUUUGAUUUGGUCUAUCACUAAUUUCAAAGCCGGUGCAUCAAGAUCUACGAUAUGAUCUAACCAGAUUUAAUAUUACGAAGAAAAGCCGCCGAUAAAAGAUGUUCGUGCUCGAACACCUUAAUCUACAUCAUGGACCAAUCUUACGUAUCAUUCCCUUCUUCUUUAUGUUCGUGAAUUUUGACUUUCGUAUUAUUUUCUAUUUCCCAGUAUUCGAUAUUUAUGUUCCUAUUCGUUUGAUCUUAAGUUAGUUUAGGUACGAUUUUGAUUGUUCGAAGAUAUCACGUAUUUUAUUAUUUUAAUCUAUCAUUUCGAACGCUUUUGAUUUUUUGUAACGUUUAUCCGUAACGGUAAUGAAGAAAUACCUUACGUUUUAUUUUUUGUUAUACAUGAAAGAAUAUAUACGAUACUCAAACUACGA